AUGUCACUGCGGGCGCUUCGGAAAAGAGAGAACGGCAGUAGCUACGGCAAUAACAACAACCACUUGGCACCUGCAAGAACUUCGUCAGCAACGCUUUUCAAGAAGGCCAGCACAGCAACAACGUCACCGAAGAAGACUCUUCUCAAAACUGGGAACUCUAGCAGCGGGCUGAACAAACAGAAGCUGUUCCAGCAGAGGAAGCUGCUCGGUCGCAAGUGUCACUCGAAUCCCGACCUGCCACAAGGGCGAAAGAACCAAAACAACAGCCUGUUGCGCAGCAAAUCGGAGGGUGAUGUCAGCGUAGUCCUGACCAGCAACUCGGGUGCUCCAUUGACAGUGGCCAACGCCAAGUCGGAAGUGUGUCUGCAAAGGAUCAGCUCGCACAGCUACGAACAACCCUCCAGAAGCCCCAUCAACAGAAGUGAAAUGCUUGGUGGCGCCCGUUCCCAUCGGGACUUGACCCAGUCUUCCUAUGGCCACCAGGCAGGAGGACACCCCAUAGACCUGGAAACCAGCACUAGGGCUCCCCGCCGCAUGAGCGAGUGCAGCCUAGGCUAUAGCCAAACCAGCUCCCGCCACACGGGCUCCAACUCCAUGUUCGCCAGCCAGAUGACACUCUCCUCGGGAUCGGUGGUUCCUCCCGUGGAUCCGAAUGCCGUGCUUCGAGUGCCUAUCAUCGGCUACGAGGUGAUGGAAGAGCGGGCGCGCUUCACUGUCUACAAGCUGCGUGUCGAGAAUCCGGAGACAAAUGACUGCUGGCUGGUAAUGCGACGAUACACCGACUUUGUGCGGCUAAAUGGGAAGCUGAAGCAGACUUUUCCCAACCUCACGCUCAUGCUGCCGCGAAAGAAGCUUUUCGGGGACAACUUCAACGCCGUCUUUCUUGACAAUCGAGUGCAGGGCCUGCAGAUCUUUGUCAACUCAGUGAUGGCCAAGGAAGAGCUGCGCAAGUGCAAGCUGGUGCGAGAGUUCUUUUGCCUGGACGAGCCGCCCUCGUACUCCGAGUCCAUGGAGGAGUGUCGGGCCAUUUUCGAGGCUCAGGAAGAGACUAUUGUUCAUCUGAAGCUGCAGAUUCAAAACAAAAACGAUCUCAUACUCAGUUUGCAGCAGAAGUUGCGCGAGGAGAUGAACGAGAAGGAGCAGCUCAGGGAGGCUAUGAAAAACUUGGACCUCAAUUGCUCGCACUGCUCCUCGGCCAACGACAGUCUGGGCCUAAAGUAGACCUCCACCAGUCCAUGGUGGAAACCCAAAACCAGUUGGAUGUGCGUGUGCGUACAACAUUAUGCUGAGCAUAACCCUACGCACCCGCACCGCUCGUGGAACGCAUCCAUAUCCAAUCCAAUAAUCCAAACCAAGUGCAUAUCAAGGGGCUCGCCCCGUCAGUGCUUUAGUAUUCAUAUCUAGACCUAGAUGCUAGCAAGUGCUGCCCAAGAUGGUACUGAAUGUAAUACAUUAGUAGAUAUUUUUGAUAUUCGUUUAUGGGCAACCUACAGUUAAGGAUGAAAUAAUUAGAUUAAGUGUAUACGAAGUGUUAUGCAAGCUCACAUACAAAUAAAUCUAAGGCACAAUUUAUUACCCAA